AUGAGUAUAAAGAAGGUCAGAAAGGACGGAGAGGGAUUUACAGGAACUCAUAUCUUAGUUCCAAGAGAAGAGAAAUGGAUGAUAGACAACUUAGCUGCUAAGAAUAGUUUGAAGACUAGAAAAACCUUUGCCCAAAUGGUCAAGGGAGGUCCUGCAGAACAUCAUAUGGAAGAAGAUGAGCUUGAGGCAGAGGAGGAAGAAGAAGAUCACAGAAGAAAGGAACCAGAGACAGAGCAACACAAACAAAAAAAAGACAAUAUUAGCGACAAAAUCAACUCAGAGGGGAUAAGAGUUGAAAAUGUAGAAGAAGGUUUAUAUAAUAUUGUUAUAAGUGAGACUUUUGAGAGGAGACUAUGGAAGCCCUGGUGGAAUACAAUAAUAGUAAAGCUUCUAGGAAGGAAAGUGGGAUAUGCAGCUAUCAAAAGAAGACUUGAGAGUAUGUGGAGCAAGAAAGGUACCAUAGAUGUCAUUGACCUUAGCAAUGAUUUCUAUUUAGUAAAAUUUUAUGCUAGCGAAGACUUUGAUUAUGCUCUGUUGGAAGGUCCUUGGAAGAUAUUCGACCACUAUCUCACAGUGAGACUCUGGGAACCCAACUUUAAUCCUAUGAAAGCCACAAUAGAUAGAAUCACUGCCUGGGUGAGACUUCCAGGAUUACCUAUAGAACUCUAUGACAGAACUAUACUGAGGAAAAUUGAAAAUCUGAUUGGUAGGACAGUUAAAGUUGACAACAACAUAGCCAAGAUGAGCAAAGGAAAAUUCGCUAGAUUAUGUGUAAAAGUUGACUUAACGAAGCCGUUGAUGGGAAGAUAUAUGAUCAAUGGAGAAGACUACCAGGUGGAAUACGAAGGGAUACAUCAGAUUUGCUUUACCUGUGGAAGAAUAAACCAUGAUCAGAUUAAUUGUACAAUGAAAAAGCAACAAAUAGAAACAGCAGCCAAUCAAAAUGAUGAGCAAAAAACAGGAACUGGAAAAGAUAAGCAAAAUGACACAAACAUAGAAUCAUCAAAAGGAAGUGAAGAAGGAAAUGGGAACACAAACAUGAAGGAUAAAGGAAAAUAA